CCAAAAGAUUUUCUUAUGAACUACAUCAAACAAUCAGCUGAUUUACAAACUUUCAGGUUUCAGGAAAUUUUCAAAAUUUUGUGUCACAAAGCACAAAAUCAAGUGAUUAACCUCCAGGCAACACAAUGGCCGAAGACAGAAGCAGUAAAAUACAAGCCUUGGAUAUUGAGAGUAACAUCGAAAGACGGUUUGAGGAGAUGGAGCAAACCCUAAUAAGAAUUCAACAAGAAGAUACUGCUACUAAUGAGUCCUCCCAAUGGAGACCGCAACCAACAGAUUGGAAUGCGAGAAACAUGACUCCUAUCGAGGUUUCCGCGAUCUUACUGCAUCAAGAAGACAAUCAUCAUCAUGAUCAACAAACUCAACAAGGUAGUAGUAAUACAAUAACAAACUUCUUUGACUGGAAACCAGAUUUUGUUUUCCGCACACAAUGUGUUAUCAACGACGAAGCCUGCAGAUUGGUCCUCUACGGCGGAAACAACAUCAUUUCAAAAGGUUUAGUGAAGCAGUUGAAACUCAAGACGCUGAAAAAAUAUCCAUCUGUUAGGGUUAUGGCAACGAGAAGAGAGGAUAAAGUCGCAGAGGAGACGUGUAGAGUCCCUGUCUCAAUCGGAGAUUUCUAUAAGGACAAAGUUACAUGCUAUGUAGUCAACAUGGAAGAAGAGGAAGAUCAACUUCUCUUUGGAGGACCAUGGCUUUAUCGCGUUCAAGCUACACAUAAUGGACGAGACGACUCUUGUAUGAUUAUAUGGAACCACAACAUGAUUCUAUUGUAACCUCAAGUGUAGAACAAAUGGGUCUUUGACACCAAGUAAAUCAUAUUCAAGACACAUAUCACA